UAGUCAUAGUUAAAAUAUCUUAAUGUUCCAAAGUCCUUAAAUAUGGAGAAAGAGCAAUUCAAAUUAAAUUUCACAGUCAGUGGAUGCUAACUAUCGCGAAAUUAUCGCUUUACGGUCAUUUAGUGGCGUGGUACCGGGGCUAACUUCAGAAAUAAUCUUAAACCAAUCGCAAAUAGUAGUCUUAUCUAGGCGGACUAGGAACAAUUUUCAAUUGUAAGUCACACAAAAUGACACUCGAAUUUUGGUUAUUUUUUAAAAUCCGUCUUGAAAAUCGUAAAAUCUUUCGGUCUGAACUUUUUAUUCAACUCAUUCGGAUAAUUUAAAAUAAAAAGUAGUACUGACUUGUCAAUUAAAUUGUCAAUAUCGCUGAAAAAUGGCACGAUAUACUUCUCAAGAAUUAUGUGACAUGAUUUUGCUCUACGGAGAAACGAGAGGCAAUGCUGCUCGAGCUCUCAAUUUGUACCGGGAGCGGAAUCCUAACCGGAGGCAUCCUGCGAACGGCCGCGUCAUUGUGAACGCUGUGCAACGUGUGCGGGACGACCUGCCCAUAUCUGGCAGAGUGCAGCCGCCACAAGGGCCUGGUGCAGCAUUUAACGUCAGACUGGCACUGGAACGACGGAUUCUUCAGCACUUCCGUGAACGUCCAACUACCAGCACAAGGAGAGCGGUAUUACAACAAUCUGCCGGAGGAAAUAAGAAACGCAACAUGGUUCCAACUCGAUGGAGCCCCUGCUCAUUCCACUGUGGCAAUCCGUGAAAAGUUGUCUGAAUUAUUUGGAGAUCGAUGGAUCGGACGAUUCGGACCUAAGCGAUGGCCACCGAGGUCACCGGAUUUAACUUGUCUGGACUUCUUUUUAUGGGGAGCUAUCAAAAACGACGUGUAUUCUGCCGAAGUGGAUAAUGUAGAAAUGUUAAAAGAUCGAAUUAUUCAGGCAUUUAACACCAUACGGCAACGUGAUCUAAAUGUAGUUCAUCGAAAUACAUUAUUAAGGUACGAAGCAUGCAUACAAGCACAUGGCCAGCAUAUCGAGAACAUUUUAAAUUAAGUAAGUGGCUAGUAGGCAAUUAAUUAUUAAGGAUUCUGACAAGAAGCCAUAGAAUUUUAGUUAUUUUUUGUUUUCUUUAACUAUUUCAUUAUACGUGCAUAAAACCAAAAAUUAUUCAAUUAUUGCAUUUUUAUUAAGUGUAAGUAAUCGAUGUAAAUACUCCAACUUCUUUUGACAAGUGCCAUUGAUUCACAGUCCGAAAGAGAAGUCAAUGUGUCGCACUAGUGGCAAUCUUGACAUUUGAAUUACUUUUGAAUUCGUCAUUACUCGGUUAAUGAAAACGAAACACAGCUAUUUACUUGACCUCUCUAUCGGCCUUAAUUUGUGACUAAGGUUCUCCUAUACACCUUUGUGGGUUUGACAUACCUACCACGCAAUCCCGAAUGCAAACUUUUUGAUUGCAAUGAGCGUUUUUAAUUUUUGCCAUACCAUAACCAAAGCCCGUUUUUCAUGCUGUAACCUUUUUGGCCUAAAUCACAAAACACAGAACUCUUAAGUGCCGUAAAUGUUGGAACCUCUUUGGCUUAUCUAAGAAUAGUGACAAGACCUGACGUUCAACCGUGUUAUGAUUGAGAAUGUCAAGUUAUCGAGUGUAAAGUCUGGGCAAUAUUACAAAUUACUAUGGUGUGAAUUGCGUUUACGUUAUUGUACGACAAGCCUUAAUUACGCUGAAACCAGAGAAAAUCAAGUCGAGGGUUACGACAAAUAACAUACGACGGUUAUCAUCAUCCAUCAGCUAGGACCUAUUAUUGUAAACAAUGUGUAACCAAUAUGCAAUGUCCAUCAUGAAUCAUUACUUUAUGAGAACAACUAAAAGAACACAAACACAGAACGCAACAAUAAAAAUGUAAGCCACCCAUAGCUUGGACUCAAUAAACAUUUUGAUUUUUUAUUGUGGUUAAUUAUUUUACCUAGAUAGGUAGUUUACGUUUGCAAAGUUAUUUUCUAAACAGUUACGUAAAAGUCCGUUGUGUUUAUUAGUUUUAUUGCUAUCAUAUCAAGUGUUAUCUGUAAAUACUUAAAACAUAAUCACUGAAGUGAUUGAAGAACUCGAGCAUCCUUUUUGUGACACUUGUGUUACACUCAACGAAGUAUUCCGACUAAACACGAUAGUAGUGAAUCAAUGGUUGCCAAGUGUGGCGGCUGACGGCUGUACAUUGCUGGCUCGAUUUAUUUUGUUAGAAAAUAACGGUAAAAUUAUUUUUCAGUUUAAUUAAUUAAAACCAUUUGGACUUAAUUACUGAUUAGUUAGAGGCUCUAUAUUUUAAUUUAUUGCUCCUGUUACAGGAAA